GAAUCAAUGCCAGCUGAAAUCGCUAUUGUAACCUACAUGGCAAUUGCUGUGCACAUUGUCAAUGGUUUACUGAAGCCUACUCAACGUUAAUACUUAGUUCCGCUGUCUGCAAUUUGUGCACCUCAUGCGCCGACAUAUUCACGCAACAAAGAAUGAUCCCUCGAGCGCUAAGUCUUUUUUACAUGUCUUAUGGUCCUUGUUGCGUAUUUGGAUCUUCGACCUGCUUCAUAGGGUUCAGCUUUUUGUUACACUGUUACAUAUUUGGUCUGUAUCUGACACUUCUAUCAUUCGUCUUUCGUUAUUAUGUCCUUUAUCAUAAUGCGCCGAAAAUUUGCACAACAUUGGCCUCAAUUUUUUUAUUUUACAUACCAUGUCUCCUA